GAUGAGCGCUCAUUACGACUUUACUUACGACUCGACGCCCGCUCCGCCAAGUUCAAAUUCAUAAAUCAAAUUUCACGGCGUGAAUGGUUUGCAGAUAGUUGGAAGUCAUCGGACCCAAAGAUUAGCCACAUUUCGAUGCAAAAUUAUUACAGUAUUUUAUCAAACCAUAGAGAACUUAUUGUCUAACGUGCGUCUAAUGCUAAUUGAAAAUACAUUUAUGUUGAUGGCUUUCUCGCAAUGCAGGUGGAAUUGGACUUCUCAUUCCCUGUCUUGCUAGCUGGCUACUACUGGCUAGCAAUACAGGUGAAAAUUGGUAUUGCAAUUAAUUCGCGUGCGAAUGACUAGUCAUAUGUUCAAUAAAAUCAGACGAGGAUUGUUGUGGCGAAAGAAUCACGUACAAAAACUGCAUAUUUAACCAAACCGCUCCUGGAAAAUCAAGUUACCAGCAAACGGCAUUAUUUUUUUUCGCUCCAAAAACUCAACGGGUUUGCUAACGUUACUAGCUAAUUGUAGUAGCAGCAGCCAACUAAUAAUUGGAUCAUUUGGACAAUAACUCGAUUAUUCAGAUCAGGGGCGUCCUGGUUAAGAGGUUUGACUUCAACCACCUGCCUACAUUUAUUAAUGUUAAUAGUUCAAUCAAGAUAAUUAAAGUUCAACCAAUCAUGAGGGAGAACAUGAAGGCUGUGAGCCAGCAGCAAGCCAGCCAGCUCUUACACAACAAGUUUGUUGUUGUCCUGGGGGACUCAAUUCAGCGCUCAGUGUAUAAGGACAUUGUGCUUCUGCUGCAAAAGGACAAAUAUCUCAGCUUGGCUCAGCUCAAGAGUAAGGGAGAGACGAGCUUCGAGCAGGACAUCCUGGUGGAGGGCGGACGGCUGGGUCAAAUGACCAACGGGACGGAAUACCGUGAGGUGCGUCAGUUCCGCUCAGACCACCACCUGGUGCGGUUCUACUUCCUGACGAGGAUCUACUCACGCUACAUGCAGAGCAUCCUGAGGGACUUUGAAGACGGUCUCAAACCAGACGUCGUCAUCGUUAACUCCUGUCUCUGGGACGUCUCCAGGUAUAACCCUAAAUGGCACGAUGAGUACCAGGAGAACCUUCAUAAGCUCUUUGACAAGAUGAACUCCAUCCUGCCUCCUGAAUGUCUGGUCAUGUGGAACAUGACCAUGCCCCUGGGGAAGAGGAUCGUAGGGGGCUUCUUCGUUCCUGAGAUAGAGCACAGGGGCCAAACGCUGUGCUACGACGUGAUCCAGGCCAACUUCUACAGCAGCAAAAUGGCCGACGCCUACGGCCUUGACGUCCUGGACCUUCACUUCCAGUUCCGCUUCUCGCUUGAGCACCGCAUGAAGGAUGGGGUCCACUGGAACUCUCUGGCCCACCGACGCAUCACCACCUUACUACUGCAACAUGCUGCAGAGGCCUGGGGAGUGGUGCUGCACUGUCCUGCCACUACGAUUGAGCACAUUGAUCAUUCAGAGCAGCAGCAGCUCAAAGCCUACACAAAAACCAUGACCAAGAACACAGUUGGUGUUAUUCCCUCAUUGCUACACACCUGGCACUACCCACCAGAGCCUCAUUUCAGGAGACCAGACCCCAGGAUGAUGAACCCAGGUCACUGCAGUGUUGCCUGGGCAACGGAGAGGUUUGGACACUAUGACGGAUACGAGCCUCAGGCAAACUAUUUCACUCCCAAUUCAGCAGCUCUAGGAUGGCAUCCUGCUGAGGACUCAGGCCUUGAGCCCUACAGACCAGCUUCGGAUGAACCCUACAGACCAGCUUCGGAUGAACCCUACAGGCCUCUGGAAGGGAAAUACAAUGACUGCGGAGAAAAGUUCUACGAGUUCGGCGCUGGCUACUUCGGCUUCGAGGAGAACCAAGCCAAC